UGGCUUUUCAGAAGAUUGAAUUUUGGAAGAACUGAAAAAGAAAAGGUUGCGUCGUUCAUAAACCCUAACAACAGACAGAAAGAAAGAAAACAAAGGGGUUUGAGUUUGAUAUGACGACGUUUCGAUCUGUGUUCGAUGCACCCUUCAUAAGAACAGAAUUUGAUAAAUCUGGAAUCAAUACUCAAUUCAUUCCUACAAUCUGGAAAUAUGUGAUACAGAACCCUAAUUGUGAAUGGCGAGACAUUCCUUCAUUACCUUCAGCUGCUUACUCGUUACUUUCAUCAAAGUUCAAACCCUGCACUUCUGCCGUUGAUUUCGUUUCUGACUCCACUGAUCAAGUUACCACCAAACUCCUCAUUAAGUUGCAGAAUGGAGCAUCUGUAGAAACCGUGAUUAUGAGAUAUGAUUCCAGUUUAGGGAAAUAUGCAGGCAAGCCUCGUUCUGGUGGCCUACGCUCCACGUUAUGCAUAUCUUCACAGGUUGGUUGUAAAAUGGGCUGCAAAUUUUGUGCAACUGGGACGAUGGGAUUCAAAAGUAACCUCUCAACUGGAGAGAUUGUAGAACAGUUGGUGCAUGCUUCCCGUUUGUCACCCAUACGCAAUAUCGUCUUCAUGGGAAUGGGAGAACCAUUGAACAACUAUACUGCGUUAGUAGAAGCUAUAAGAGUAAUGACAUCAUAUCCGUUUCAAAUUUCACCCAAAAAGAUAACUGUGUCAACGGUUGGUAUAAUUCAUGCAAUAAACAAAUUCCAUGAUGAUUUACCAAAUUUAAACCUAGCAGUUUCGCUUCAUGCACCAGUUCAAGAUAUCCGUUGUCAGAUAAUGCCUGCAGCACGAGCUUUUCCGUUAGGAAAACUUAUGGAUGCUCUUGCAGAAUAUCAAAAGAAAAGUGGGCAAAAGAUUUUCAUAGAGUACAUAAUGCUCGACGGUGUGAAUGAUGAGGAACAACAUGCACACCAACUUGGCAAAUUACUCGACACAUUUGAAGUGGUUAUAAAUCUGAUACCUUUUAAUCCGAUUGGCACGCUAAGUCAAUUUGAUACAAGUGGAGAUGACAAAGUCACUAUAUUUCAAAAAAUUCUUAGAAAUACCUAUAAUAUACGAACUACUGUUAGAAAGCAAAUGGGUCAAGAUAUAAGCGGUGCAUGUGGACAACUCGUGAUUAAUUUACCAAACAAGACAUCUGCAGUUGUGGCUUCAUUAACAGACAUUGAAGAUCUUCGUCCUUAAUUAGGUUUAUGGGUUAGUAUUUCGUGUAUGACAAGCUGAUUGUUGUUAUUGAUUUUUGGUUUUACCCCAAAAUUCUAUAUGAAUUUUCUCCUUCAGUAAUUUUGUUAUAGUCUAGUCUAAUACAUGUUUAUGAAACUGAAAUUCUGGAAGGAUAAACAUAGUGGCUACUAGCUUGUUUAUUUUA